AUGGCAAACAGGAGGCGUAGAAAUAUCGUUGGGGCUGAUGAGAUUGCUAACGGAAUCCACAGGAUGGUGGAUGCGAUGCAGCCCGUAGCAGCACCGCCAAGAGCCAUGAUUCCACCUGUGAGACCUGUGACCAUGGAGGACUUCAUGCGUCAUAGGCCGGCGAAAUUCACUGGGAAAGCCAUCCCAGAUGAGGCUGACGCAUGGCUCCGAGAGUGCGAGAAGAUAUUUAGAGUGAUAGAGUGCACGGAGGACCAAAAGCUUAACUUCGCCACAUUUCUGUUGAUGUUAAACAAAGCUGAAGAGGUGACUUGGGCCAGCUUCAGGACGAGGUUCCUGGAGAAGUACUUUCCUGACAACGCUAAACACGAGGGCGAGGCCGAGUUUCUCACCCUGCAGCAGGGGAACUUGUUGGUGCAGGCGUAUGUGGAGAGGUUUGAGUAUCUCUCGAGGUUUUACUCUCAGACAGUGACGGAGGAGUGGUGCUGUAGGAAGUUUGAGGGUGGCCUCAAACAUGAGCUGAGGCGGUUUAUUGUACCGCUGAGGGUACGAGAGUUUCCAGUCUUGGUGGAGCAAGCCAAGAGUGUUGAGCAGCUUGAGAUGGGACCCAGCCGGGUCAACCGCACUCAGAAGAGCAAUGUUGAGGCAGACAACAAAAGAGGCCCUAUACCAUCCUCAUCUGACAGGCCGAGAGCAGCAGGCCUGGUUUUUGCCAUGACCAGUACCGAGGCCACCUGGUCAGGUAACCUGAUUCUGGAUCAUUGUUUGCUUUUUGGUAACAGUGCGUUAGUACCGUUUCAUUCAGGAGCUUCGCACUCCUUCAUAUCCCACAAUUAUGUGGAGAGAUUGGGGUUGUCUACUCGUGACCUAGGAUACGAGUUGAUAGUCUCGACACCGGCAUCUGGGAAGGUUUCAACAAAUUUAGCCUAUGUGGGAUGCUUAAUGGAAGUAGAGGGCAGACGCUUCAAGGAGAAGAUGAGUACAAAGGAGCAGAUUAGUAAGAUACCAGUUAUGGAUGAAUACGCCGACGUGUUUUCGGAUGAGAUACCUGAGUUACCACCCAGCCGGGAUAUAGAUUUCUCAAUUGAUCUAAUCCCUGGAGCGGGUCUAGUGUUGGCAGCACCGUACAAAAUGGCACCUGCUGAACUAGCAAAGUUGAAGAAACAGAUAGAAGACUUGCUAGAGAAGAAAUUCAUCUGA